ACUGAAAUGGCAUAUGUUUACCUUUCGCAUGCACUAUAAUCUAUGUAUCCAUAUCCAUUCAGUGAAAUGUAUUUUAAUUGAAUGAGCUGCUUCUUGCACAUAGCAGUUUAAUUCUGACUAUAGAAGGAUUGUGGAUUUUGAAAAGUCUAAUAACACAGGAAAUUUCAUUUGCAUAUUGGUUUGUUCACCACAACUCCUACUCAACAGAUCACACACAUCAAUUCACACGCACAACAGAAGAUGAAGGUCGCAUCAGCUCUGUUGUGCAUUCUCUAGUGUUGGGGUCUAUAAGUGGAUGCUAUUUUAUACAGCUUAUACUGCAUAUUGUUGGCCAAGAAAAUCAACGUAUAAUUUCAGCAUAUUUGCAGACCGAGAUGAAAUGCAAUAAACUGAGUUUAGUGGGCUUCUGUGCAUAAAUGCAUCAGACAUGGUGAUAAAAUAAGCAUGGGUUGUCUAACAAGCAGACCCUGGCGUCGAUCUUCUGUUCACAGACUGGAGGACCCCGUCUUGAUGUCUGAUGAAUCAUCAGGAAAUCACAUGCACAUGGCAGUGGCCUUGUGUAACUUUCCACCCCACAGGUCUGAUGAACACACUAUAUUUUUAGGAGACAGACUGAACAUUAUAUCAGAAGAUGAUGACAUGUUGAUGGUUUAUUCUACAACAACUGGCACAGAGUUUUUCAUUCCUCACACCUACGUUUCCAAAGUGCGUUAUCGGUGGCUGUUUGAAGGGAUCACAAGGAGAAAUGCAGAACAACUUCUUAUGCUGCCUCCAAACUACUCUGGAUGUUUUUUAAUUCGGGAAAGCCAGUCAUGCCCUGGUUCUUACUCACUUUCCAUACGACAAGAUAGAGGCCAUCUGCACAAUGUAAAGCACUACAGAAUCCAUCAGCUCCACAACGGCUGGUUCUACAUCCACCAGAGCCACUUCUUCUCCACUCUCACACAGUUGGUGGACUAUUACUCACGGUCUUCUAAUGGUAUGUACUGUCAGCUGACUGAACCUUGCAUACCUCAUGACUCCAGCAGAGCUGGAACCCAUAGACCCUCGCCAAUAUCAGUCCAGAGGUCUAAUCUUAACUGGAGAGAUUUGUCCAGGUCAAUGAUUCAAAGGCAGGUAAAGGGAACCGAUCAGGAGAGUCUGCUCAGUGAAGGACUAAGAGAGACUAUGAAAGCAUAUCUUUAUGUCACAGAGGAGUCUAGUUGGACUGAGUGACAUCCAACACAGGACAGAAUUGUAAGACUCUGAUGAAGUUAAGUUAAAGAUGUUUUGGGGAUUUGGUGGGCAUUUUGACCACUUUACAUGAACAUUUCCAGUGUCGUGCAGGAUUAAUGAUGUUUUGCUUAUUAUUUAAUGAUUGUUUUUCAUGUUAUAGUUAUGUUUUGUGUCUGUCAUAGUGUACAGGAUGCAUUACCUUGGGAAACUACAGAAUAAAUUCCUCAGUUGGUCAGUAGGACCCAACGGAAAAAAAAAUUAACAAUACAAACAAAGUAACAAAAUUUUAUAUAACUUUGCAACAUAAUUAUGUAAAUAAAAUUGUGGGGAAAAGAAUUGCUAGAUAAAAUGUUUUAAAUGCAUUUUAUUUUCAUUUUCAUUUAAUGUAACAAUAUUUUGAAAUCUA